AUGGACUUUUGCUGGGAUUCUGGGAACAUCUCUUGCCUUAGGACCAGCAGGGCUCCUAUAAAUUACUCUGCUAUGUUCAUUGUAAUGGCUGGGGCUAUAAUACUCACAACCAUAGGAAAUCUAAUGGUGAUUAUUUCAGUCUUACAUUUUAAACAGCUCCAUUCUCCAACUAACUUUCUAAUUUUGUCCUUGGCCAUUACAGAUUUCCUUUUAGGAUUGGUGAUUAUGCCUUACAGCAUGGUGAGGUCAUUAACAUCUUGUUGGUAUUUUGGGGACUUAUUCUGCAAGUUGCAUAGUUGCUUAGAUAUGACAUUGUCUACAACCUCUAUAUUUCACCUCUUCUUCAUUUCUGUUGACCGAUAUUAUGCAGUGUGUCGGCCGCUUCAUUAUUGCAGAAACAUAACUACUAAUGUAAUAUUGAUAUUUAUAUGUAUUAGUUGGUCUUUCUCUUGUAUGUAUUCUACUGGGCUUGUUUUUUCCAAUGUACACACUGAGGGAAUCCAGGAAUAUCUAGCCACAUGUACUGGCUCCUGUUCUCUUGCUUUCAACAAGCUGUGGGCAGUAAUUACUUCAGCACUAUGUUUCUUUAUUCCAGGGACAAUGAUGAUCGGGAUUUACAUACACAUCUUCUCUGUUGCCAAUAAGCAAGCUAAGCUUGUUCACAAUCAGCAGUAUGUUCAGCCUGAUAAAGCAAAGAAUGCCAGGGCUGAAAGCAAAGCAGCAAAAACUUUAAGCAUUGUUAUGGGAGUGUUCCUAUUUUGCUGGCUGCCAUUUUUUAUUGUAACAGUAGUGGACCCUUACACAAAUUUUUCAGCUUCUGAAGAUGUAUACAAUAUAGUUCUAUGGUUUGGGUAUUUAAACUCUGCAAUGAACCCCGUCAUUUAUGCAUUGUUCUACCCAUGGUUUAAAAGAUCAUUUGCAUUCAUUUUAAAAGGCUAUAUUUUGAAAGCAGGAUCUUCAUUUUCUCAAAUGUUAAGUAGUAAUUAA